GCGACCCCGCCCGACCACGGAGACGGCGCUCUGUCUGCCGGGCUCUUUCUUCUCCACGUGGGGACGCAGGAUGGCGGCGGCGGUGGCGGAGGAGGCGGCGGUGCGCGACGUUCAGCGGUUGCUAGUGCAGUUCCAGGAUGAGGGCGGGCAGCUGCUGGGCUCCCCGUUCGACGUGCCCGUGGACAUUACCCCGGACAGGCUGCAGCUCGUGUGCAACGCGCUACUGGCCCAGGAGGAUCCCCUGCCGCUGGCUUUCUUUGUCCAAGAUGCUGAGAUUGUCUCCUCUCUGGGGAAGACAUUGGAGUCCCAAGCAGUGGAGACAGAGAAGGUCCUAGACAUCAUCUACCAGCCACAGGCUGUCUUCAGAGUCCGGGCUGUGACUCGCUGCACCAGCUCCUUGGAGGGUCACAGUGAGGCAGUCAUUUCUGUGGCCUUCAGCCCCACAGGAAAGUACCUGGCCAGUGGCUCUGGAGACACCACUGUGCGCUUCUGGGAUCUCGGCACAGAGACACCGCAUUUCACAUGCAAGGGACACAGACACUGGGUCCUUAGUAUAUCCUGGUCUCCAGAUGGCAAGAAGCUGGCCUCAGGCUGCAAGAAUGGCCAGAUUCUCCUCUGGGACCCAAGCACAGGGAAACAGGUGGGCAGGACCCUCACUGGCCACAGCAAGUGGAUCACAGGCCUGAGCUGGGAGCCCCUCCAUGUGAACCCUGAGUGCCGCUAUGUGGCCAGCAGCUCCAAGGAUGGCAGUGUGCGGAUCUGGGACACAACUGCAGGCCGCUGUGAGCGCAUCCUCACCGGGCACACCCAGUCGGUCACCUGUCUCCGGUGGGGAGGGGACGGACUUCUCUACUCUGCCUCCCAGGACCGCACCAUCAAAGUCUGGAGGGCUCAUGACGGUGUGCUGUGCCGGACUCUGCAAGGCCACGGCCACUGGGUGAACACCAUGGCCCUCAGCACUGACUAUGCCCUGCGCACUGGGGCCUUUGAACCUGCUGAGGCCUCGGUUAAUCCCCAAGAUCUCCAAGGAUCCUUGCAAGAGGUGAAGGAGAGGGCUCUGAGCCGAUACAACCUCGUGCGGGGCCAGGGUCCAGAGAGGCUGGUGUCCGGCUCAGACGACUUCACCUUAUUCCUGUGGUCCCCAGCAGAGGACAAAAAGCCUCUCACUCGGAUGACAGGACACCAAGCUCUCAUCAACCAGGUGCUCUUCUCUCCAGACUCCCGCAUCGUGGCUAGUGCCUCCUUUGACAAGUCCAUCAAGCUGUGGGAUGGCAGGACGGGCAAGUACCUGGCUUCCCUACGUGGCCACGUGGCUGCCGUGUACCAGAUUGCAUGGUCAGCUGACAGCCGGCUCCUGGUCAGUGGCAGCAGUGACAGCACACUGAAGGUGUGGGAUGUGAAGGCCCAGAAGCUGGCCAUAGACCUGCCUGGCCACGCAGAUGAGGUAUAUGCUGUUGACUGGAGUCCAGAUGGCCAGAGAGUGGCAAGUGGUGGGAAGGACAAAUGCCUCCGGAUAUGGAGGAGAUGAGAAGACCGGCAGUUCUCUCUGACCCCCCCUGGACUCGGCCUCUGCCAGCUGCCUGCCCUGCCAGAGAACAAAGGGUGGGAUGGCAGGGCACACACCCUCCCCACCAGUGGGGACCUGAGAAUGCACAUGGCCUGCUGUCCUUGACAGACCUGAGUGGGGUCUUCCCACAGGUCCUCUGCCUGUAGCACCAGCCCAGAGCCAGAAGUUGAAGUCACAGAAGGUUGUCACCAACUUGGCCUGUGGCCACCACUCUGUACCUUGCUGGUGCAGGCAAGAGUGGAGGGCAGCCAGGCUCUGAGUGGGUCCUUAGUGUCAGCUCUGUUCUGGGUCAGACCCCAGGUUCUGUGACCAAAUGAAUAACUUAUAUUGUG